AUGACACUUUCGCUGCGAGAAACAGCGCAAGACGGGAAUCGGAGUUGCGUCGUGGCCUUCAUGACUUUUGGACACAGCCUGGCCGACGAGACGGCCAUACAGUUCACGAUAACAGCAUUGCUGUUUGGAGGUGGACCGAUAGCCGCCACUGACAUAGCCACCAACUCGUCGACAACACAAAACAUCCGGCAAAGGGUCUUGAACGGCCCUGCUUGCUACUACUGUAGCAUCGUCCGGCGCCGAACAGCUCACCAGACUUUUGUAGCUCGAGCCGGCUGUACGACUCACCUUACGGCUGAUCAGAUUCAUCAACAAUAA